CUAUAUUUUUAGUACUAUUUUUUAUUUCUUUGUUCAGUCUAAUAAAAGCAAUGAUUAAAUCAGAUCCAUGUAGUUUAUCAAACAUUGAUUCUUUUCAAGUCACUCACCUUGACUGGAGUAUUCAAGUUGAUUUUGAAUUACAGAAGUUAUCAUGUCUUGCUGUUCAAAGGUUCAUUUGUCUCAAAGAUGAAUGCACUAAACUAGUUCUUGAUACAAGUCAAUUGAACAUUGAAACUGUUUUAUAUAAUGAAGAUGCUGUACCUUUUAAUGUAUUACCUUGCAUUGCACCAUUUGGUGAACCUCUUGAAAUCACGAUUCCAUCAACUAAAAUUGGUUCGGAGUUUACAAUAACAAUAAAAUACCACACGUCUUCAACUGCCAGUGCAUUACAAUGGUUAAAACCUGAACAAACUCUUGAUAAAAAGUAUCCUUAUAUGUUUACUCAAUGCCAGGCAAUACAUGCUCGAAGCUUGGUUCCAUGUCAAGAUUCUCCAUGCCAUAAGUUUACUUAUUCCUCCAAGGUUAUAGUUCCAGCUGAGUUAGUUGCUUUGAUGAGUGCUGUAAAAGGAGGUGAAGUCAUAUUAGAAAACAACAUGAAAGAAUGCAGUUUCCAACAAAAGAUAUGUGUACCAUCAUAUCUUCUAGCAAUUGCAGUUGGACCAUUAGAGUUUCGAGAUGUUGGUCCAAGGUCAAAAGUUUGGUGUGAAGCAUCAAUGAUUGAUUUAUGUGCUUUUGAAUUUGGAAAGGUUGAAGACAUGUUAAAAGCUGGAGAGUCAUUGAUGGGACCUUAUGUCUGGGAGCAAUAUGAUAUUCUCGUGCUCCCACCAUCAUUUCCUUAUGGUGGAAUGGAAAAUCCAUGUUUAACAUUUGUCACACCUACUGUUGUUGUUGGUGAUCGUUCUCUUACUUCAGUCAUAGCGCAUGAAAUUACACACAGCUGGACUGGAAAUCUUGUAACCAAUAAGACAUGGGAACAUUUCUGGCUCAAUGAAGGCUUUACUAGAUUUCUAGAGGGUAAGAUUAUUGGACAUCUUGAUGGGAAGUUAACUCAAGAUUUUAUGGCUAUUGAUGGUUGGAGUCAUUUGCAUGAUUCAAUUGAAGUUUUUGGUAAAGAUAAUAAACUUACUGCAUUACAACCUGAUCUAAAUGGAGUAGAUCCUGACGAUUCAUUUUCUAGUGUUCCAUAUGAGAAAGGAUAUGCUUUCCUUUAUUAUAUAGAGCAUCUGGUUGGAGGUCCUGAUGUGUUUAAUGUUUUUCUUCGCCAAUAUAUUGAAAAGUUUAAGUACAAAAGUAUUGUUACAAAAGAUUUCAAAGAAUUUUUAUGUGCAUAUUUUAUGGAAAAGGUAAAUUUAUCUUCUGAAAUUGAUUGGGAUGCCUGGCUCUACUCCCCUGGUAUGCCACCAGUUCAAGUUAUUGACAUGUAUGAUCAUACUUUGGCUACUUAUUCUAAGAAGUUAGCUGAUAAAUGGAUUAUGGUUUCAUGUAAUGGAGACUUCUCGUGUUUCUCUGAAGAAGAUUUUAAGUCAUUUACCGUUCUUCAGAAAAUUGAUUUUCUCACCAAAUUAUACCAAACAUCAUCAUUGUCUUUACCUGCUGUUAUAGCUUUAUCAAAUAUUUAUAAGCUUUCAUCCUAUAAAAAUACUGAAAUAAAGUUUGCUUUUCUGCGUUUAUGUGUUCGUUCAAAAUGGAGUGAACGUUAUGAUGAUGUUGUUAAUUUUCUUGUCCAACAAGGUCGAAUGAAAUUUGUCAGACCUCUUUACAGAGAAAUGUUUAAGAAUGACGAAGCAAAAGAUUUAGCCAUCAAAACGUUUCAAAAACAUCGACACGUUUACCAUUCCAUAACUUCUACCAUGAUUAGUAAAGAUCUUCACCUUGGCUCAUAACUCUAAAGCUGUCUUUGUGUUGCUUAAUUUAAUAGGAAAUAAUAAGA